CUGGGAGUUUGUCAAACAGAUGCGGAUUCUCAACCGGUACAACCUCGACCACAUCGUGAACGCCGACCAAACCCCCCUCUUCAUCGAAAUGCCCCAGGAGAGGACGUUGGAGCACAGAGGCUCCCCUGAGACGAGCGCAGACAAUGCAGAGACUGCAUCAGCAGCAGCAGCAAGUGUUGAUGUGUGGCCGGCAGAAGGCAUUGCAGAGGAGGAUGACGACAACUGCUGGUGGGAUGAGCUUGCAGAUGGGAGCGACGUCGAGAUGUGGCAGGCUGGUGAUGAGGAGCCUGAGGAGGACGACUAGAGCAGUGGCAGAGGCAUGAGUAUCUGGCGUAGUGUAAGG